AUGAUGGCAUUGAAAAAGUGGAGAGUGUACUUGGACGGAGUCAAACACCAAGUCAUCAUACUAUUGAAUCACCACAACUUGCAGUACUUUACGACAACUAAAGAGUUGAUGAUAAGCCUCCCGAAGGGCAUGGAGACGUGCUACGCUGGAGAGAUUUCUAUGUACACAGAGAGAGAAAACAGAAUCCAGGUGGCAACUCUUGAGAAGACUCAGCUCAUUGCAAAGGAUUUUUCUGAGCUGCGCAUCCACUUCUGGCCCGACACAAGAUAA